UGUGUGUGACUGCCUGUCGCAGCGCCUGCGCCUGAGCAUUAACAUGCACUGCGCAAUCGUAGUCCAACCAGAAUGGCGCCUAUGUGAUAACAACGUUUUACGCGUAUUCAUGGUGAAGUUCCCCAUCUGGCGCCGCUACGCGGCGCUAUACGAUCUUCGGGUACAAGUGUGAUAUCGUCUUUCAUGUGUUGAACUCUGUGUGACUGUGAAACAUACGGCAGGUCCACUGUGGAGUAGUUGUCAGGUUGUGCGGUAUUCUGAGUGAGACGACUUUUCAUGCUUUUUAGGGAACCACAGAAGUGGGGAAUUGCUACAUCAUAGGCCUAUCUUGUAAUUAACAUAAACAUGGCCAAAUGCCACUCCAUUAUGUCCAUAUGCUGUGCUUGUGCAGGUGUGGCUGUGUGUUUCAACAUGACAUGUAGACUUGGUAGCCUAGGCGUACAUUAGUGAUCAAGGCCAUUGGACUGGAAUCAGCUGAGGCUUUCAAAUUCGGAUUGGACUCAGAUGUUCACCUUGGGCUGUCAGAACAGAUGCAACAUUUUCAGUCUGAUCUGAUACACAUAUUUAUUUGAGAAGAAAACUGCCCACAUAAAGGAGAAGUCAGACUGCCGCCCACCUCCUGAUGCACCACUUUCGUUAGCAAGCUGUUCAAAAACGAUACAGACAGCCACUUGAGUUUGGUGACAUUGGUCUUACCUGAACCUCAAACACUGCUACUGAUGCAGUACACAAAUGCCAAUGCGCGGACCAUGGACUGUACACGUGUACAUAUAUACACGUACUGAUUAGACUGUACUGUACAAUUUUACGCUGAAUAUUCAUCAAGAUGGACAAGUCAAGUAGCAGUACUAUGCCAGACACAGCCUUGUUUGGAACAGAGGCCCAUCAAUUGAAGCUCGGACGAAGCUUUGAUCGAGACAAGCACAGGGCCUUCCAUACAAUACGCUAUGACUUCAAACCCAAAUCAGUGGACCAUUCUAAGGAAGCAGUACUUGAGGUUGGCGAGGGAAAUGAAGUCACCAUUACCUUGCCUAAUGUAGAGAGUAAAGGGACAAUGUGCACUAAGUUCAAGGGUUCCAAGAGGCCACUACAGAAGGAAUGUGUCCUGAUCUAUGACCACAGGACAGGAGAGUUUACCCUGGAAAGAUUGACCUGUAAUGUUCAGGUCAAAAAGCAAAGGGAAGAAGGCACAAGUAAAGCUCAGCAUAGUCGCUCACUGGCUACCAUGGACUCCUCAGCUAACCUGAAGAACUCACCCAGCUUGACAUCAACAAGCUCAAAGAGUAAGAGAGUAGACAUGUCCUCAACAAACUCAGUACUUUCAGCACCAGACAUUGAGCAAGCUGGUGAGAUCUCUCCUCUUCAGCCCUCCCCUCUUGCCCCAUCACCCCACACCCCACCCUCUCACCAAGCAGUUUAUCACCACGACGACUCAGACUCAUCCAGCAGCUACAUCACGGACAGUGACAGUGAUGAUGAUAACGACAAGAAGAGCAGUAGCAGCGGCAGUUCCAGUGAUGAGGACGAGAAAGACAGUCAAGCAAUGAGGAACGGAAGCCUGCAUGCCAGGCACUCCCAUAGCAGAAGCUGGAGACCACAGGCCAAACAAGACAGUCCACCCAGAGGCCUGGCAACGAGUCAGGAGACUGCGCAGUAUCUAAGGAGUCAACUCAGUAAGUACCUCAGUUUUAGAAGAAUUUGGCUUAUGACUGCACAUCUGUCUUUGUACAUGUUCUUCUAGAGACCAUACUUUUUAGAGUCAUAUGCUGGUAGAAAUGAUUUUACAGGCUGUUUUGAGAUGUCAUUGUUCCUUUGCUCUUUGACUCGAGACUGUGUGGCUUACAGCUGAAAAAAUAUAUAAAAAAUAGACCGUUUUGCCAUUUCGAGUUCACUUGUAAUGGCUCACCGUUCGGUAGAGACCAUUAAAGACUUUGUUUGCAAAAUUGAUCUUUUCAUGCCCUUUAUGCUUUUUUUUUUUAAACCCAUAGUUUAUGAUGCUAAUUGAGCGCUUCACAUUGAAAAGCAUGGCUCGGAAUACUCGUGUUUGUUUCUCAUUUCUUGUUCUUCUUUUCUUUCUUUUGGCGCUUGUCUUGACGUGCUGCGUACAGGCAAGACACUUGAAAUUCAGCAAAAGGCAAUGUUCCAAACCACACCAGAUUAUGUAGUGUUUUCAUUUAUAAUUACAUGCGUAAGCAAUGAAAAGAGAAAAUUCAGUUCAUGGAAAAGUAACAUGCCUGUACAUUGUACGUACUUUCACUUUACAGUCUCACACACACAACAGAUCCGUUCAUUUUAAUGUGAUGUUCUCCUUACUGCUCUUUCUAGGUCAAGACUUGCAGCUGACUGAUGAAUCGGAUUCUGACAGUGACUAGCGUAAUGUUAUCAAUCAAUUCCAUGCCCAGCAUUCUCAGCAAGCCAGUAGUGAUGACAGUCUCAUCCACUGGUGAAAGAACCAAGAUGGCUUCCUGCCUGAGGGUGGCAAAAUGAAAUUCCACUUCAUUAGUUCUUGAUCUUGGAUGUUGUCCACUUUAAGCUUGGUUCGAGUACUCUCUUUUUGCAGGGUUUCCGCCAGAUAUUUGCCACUUGAUGUGCAAGCGAAAGUCAAUGAAACUGUGUAAUGUAGAUACACUCUUUCUUUGUAAGAGAUAAACAUGACCAAGUUAUCGUUUGUGUUUAUAUGGGCGUGCCAUAUAAGAGGACAACCGUGUAUAAGACAUAAUCACACAAGGGGCACCGGCGGAUUUUGUGACAUAAUGUAUGUAUUUGGAUUUCCAAAAGUUGCAAAUGUACAGACAAGGUUUAAUAUAAACCCAAAACAAAUGAUUGUUUACUUACUCAUGAGAAUUUUGAAUGUAACCUUAUGAGCACUUUCAUGGGCCUUCUAAAUCUGCUCAAAUUGAGCACUGCCUAGUUCCCCAGUUUCCUUUGUACAAAUACAGUGACCUCAGUUACUGCUCAUCAGCAAUACAGCCAAUGUUGAUACAUAGAUAGGUCCAGAAUUGAUCUACCCAGCCCACCGUGGAUGGAUGAGCGGUAAAAUGUCUUUACAAGUAGGCAGGAAGUGGGUUGGUGUCCCACCUGAGAAUGUCUGUUGGGCUUUUGCAAGCCUUUGGACAACAAUGUGUAUACAGUGUUUAUAGAAACAUGAUAGUUCAGAGUAAAGUACUCAAUAUGGUUUUUUUUUAAGACCUGGUCCAGAAUAUAGUCGAUUAGUCCCACCAGUGUUCCCUGAGAGAGGGUGUACUCAGACUAUGGUUAACCACUACUCAAACAUGCCCUUUACCAUUGAAUCUGGUUGACCUCUGCGCACUUAUCCGUCAGUCUUUUCAGUCUGGUCUAAAUUCUCUGUGUAUUUCAAGUUGGUGUUGUUGAACAUGCUUGGUUGCAGAGCAGACAAAACAAACCGGAAUCGCCCUUAUUAACAAUUGGCCAUAGGGUUUUAAAAAAUCAUGGCACAUACACACUGUGUGAAAAAAGGGAACAUCUGUGUAAAGUGGCCUUUCUAACCCUGAAAGUGCUUGAAUGUCAUGAUGACUGCACAUCACUAGAGCAAUCAGAUUGUAGUCUGUCAGCAUCUGCAAUUCCUGUGCCCUGUACUUAUCUUUAGUGAAUAGGUUUCCUUUGUGCAUUCUUAAGACCGAAGAUAUCUGAAAUUUGUGUAAUUUAUUAAGUUUGUAGUAUAAGUUGUCAUGAGAUAUAUGUAGGAUUUAUAUUUAGGUGCUUUUCAGGGUGUUUUAUCUUGGAGCUAUGAAAAUGUACCUGUAUGUCAUUUUAACCUGAAAAUUAAAAUCACUGUUGCACUGUCAUGUGAUCAUUGGGUCAAAUCAGGAUGACUAACAAAAAUCAUUCAAAACACUCAUCUUUGAUUUUAAAAAUUCUAUUACUAAAAACUGACCAGCUUUUGACAUUGUUCAUCGUAAUUCAUCACAACAGCUCUGUUAGAUAAGCCAGUCUGACAGGUAUUUGGCCAAAAAUGUUCUUAAGUCCAAGUGGCGUUUGACUCAUUUGUGAGUUGGAAUUAGACAUUCUCUCUGAUAAACUCUGCUCCUAGAUGUCGCCUUGAGUUUUAUUAAAGGAACCUGUAAACAGGAAACAGGCAAACUUUAAUUGUAUCAGUGCCAUUCUGUAUGAUUAGGAUGCUGUACACUGAAGCCAACUAUUUGGAGAGAGACGAGAUCUUUCAUGUUAAAAUACCGGUAUUGUGGUCUAUAGUAGAGUUAACCCCAUCUCUUUUUCAAAUUUUUUUUUCUUACAAAAGGACACAAAAUUACCUUUGGAUUAUCUCUACAAACUGUCAGCGAUUCAUUUGAUUGUUUACACUGUUUUUCUUUCUUUUCUCUCUAUCUACAUAGGUUUAAUGGGGUAUAUUUUACUUUCAAUUGUAGAAUCUACAUGCAAUCAUAUUGUAUAUAAUUACUGGUGCUUUCAUAAAGUACCUGAUGAAACUUCAGUCAUUUUUGUCUAUAUAUGUUUCUGUCUUUUCCCUUUUCUGAUAUUAAAAAAUGGCAAUAGUCAAUAUGGUUUUGA